UACAGCUAGACUUUAGGCUCCUUGAGGAUAUUCCAUUUUGUACUUUUGAAUAUCCUCUCACCAUAUUCAGCAUAAAAUAACAUUCUUAAUGAGUAUCCUCGGCAGGACAGGUGUGAGACAACUACUAUUGUGUUACAAUCAUGGUGCAAAAGUACCAGUCACCAGUGAGGGUGUAUAAACACCCCUUUGAAUUAAUUAUGGCUGCCUAUGAAAGGAGGUUCCCUACAUGUCCUUUGAUUCCAAUGUUUGUGGACAGUGACACUGUGAGUGAAUUCAAGAGUGAAGAUGGGGCUAUUCACGUCAUAGAAAGGCGCUGCAAACUGGAUAUAGAUGCACCUAGACUGUUGAAAAAGAUUGCAGGAGUUGAUUAUGUUUAUUUUGUCCAGAAAAACUCACUGAAUUCUCGGGAACGUACUUUGCACAUUGAGGCCCACAAUGAAACGUUUUCUAAUCGAGUCAUCAUUAAUGAGUACUGCUGCUACAGCGUUCACCCUGAAAAUGAAGAUUGGACCUGUUUUGAACAGUCUGCAAGUUUAGAUAUUAAAUCUUUCUUUGGUUUUGAAAGUACAGUGGAAAAAAUUGCAAUGAAGCAAUAUACCAGUAACAUUAAAAAAGGAAAGGAAAUAAUUGAAUACUAUCUGCGCCAGUUAGAAGAAGAAGGCAUAACGUUUGUGCCCCGUUGGACUCCACCUUCUGUUGCGCCCUCUUCAGAGACAUCCACGUCCUGCAAGAAGCAAGCCGCAGCCUCGGCUGUUGUCCCAGACGCUGCUCUGAAGGAGGGGCUGAACAGCGAGGCCCCCAGUCACCCAAGUGGGGCUCCUGAGCCCGCGGUGGGCACCCCUGACGACAAACUAGAUGCAGACUACAUCAAGAGAUACCUGGGUGACUUGACUCCACUACAGGAGAGCUGCCUGAUCCGGCUUCGCCAGUGGCUCCAGGAAACCCACAAGGGAAAGAUCCCAAAAGAUGAGCAUAUUCUUCGGUUCUUACGUGCCCGGGACUUCAAUAUCGACAAAGCCAGAGAGAUCAUGUGUCAGUCUUUGACUUGGCGAAAGCAGCACCAGGUAGACUACAUUCUUGAUACCUGGAACCCUCCCCAGGUCCUUCAGGACUACUACGCGGGCGGCUGGCACCAUCACGACAAAGAUGGGCGGCCCCUGUAUGUGCUCAGGCUGGGGCAGAUGGACACCAAGGGCUUGGUGAGAGCCCUCGGGGAGGAGGCCCUGCUCAGAUACGUUCUCUCCAUAAAUGAAGAAGGGCUCAGGCGAUGUGAAGAAAAUACAAAAGUCUUUGGUCGGCCUAUCAGUUCGUGGACCUGCCUGGUGGACCUGGAGGGACUGAACAUGCGCCACUUGUGGAGACCUGGCGUCAAAGCCCUGCUGCGCAUCAUUGAGGUGGUGGAGGCCAAUUACCCCGAGACGCUGGGCCGCCUGCUGAUCCUUCGGGCUCCCAGGGUGUUUCCUGUCCUCUGGACACUGGUUAGUCCAUUCAUUGAUGACAAUACCAGAAGGAAAUUCCUUAUUUAUGCAGGAAAUGACUACCAGGGUCCUGGAGGCCUGCUGGAUUACAUUGAUAAAGAGAUUAUUCCAGAUUUCCUGGGCGGAGAGUGCAUGUGUGAAGUGCCAGAGGGUGGGCUGGUUCCCAAGUCUCUGUACAGGACUGCGGAGGAGCUGGAAAACGAAGACCUAAAGCUCUGGACCGAAACCAUCUACCAGUCUGCAAGUGUUUUCAAAGGAGCCCCGCAUGAGAUUCUCAUUCAGAUUGUGGAUGCCUCUUCCGUGAUCACUUGGGAUUUUGAUGUGUGCAAAGGGGACAUUGUCUUUAACAUCUAUCACUCCAAGAGGUCGCCACAGCCACCCAAAAAGGACUCCCUGGGGGCGCACAGCAUUACUUCCCCAGGAGGCAACAACGUGCAGCUGAUAGACAGGGUCUGGCAGCUGGGCCGUGACUACAGCAUGGUGGAGUCACCUCUGAUUUGCAAAGAAGGAGAAAGUGUGCAGGGCUCACAUGUGACACGGUGGCCGGGCUUCUACAUCCUGCAGUGGAAAUUCCACAGCAUGCCAGCGUGUGCUGCCACCAACCUGCCCCGGGUGGACGACGUGUUGGCCUCCCUGCAGGUCUCUUCUCACAAGUGUAAAGUGAUGUACUACACCGAAGUGAUCGGGUCUGAGGAUUUCAGAGGUUCUAUGAGCAGCCUGGAGUCCAGCCACAGCGGGUUCUCCCAGCUGAGCGCCGCCACCACCUCCUCCAGCCAGUCUCACUCCAGCUCCAUGAUUUCCAGAUGGCGAUUUUGCUGACAGCUGCCAGAAAGUGCUUCACUGGACAGUCCACACCAGCCCAGGGAUGUUGUAGAGCUAUUUGAAUCGCAGCCACCUCCCCACUCCCCCUUUGAAGAUCUGUUCUUUUUAAGUUGAUUCAGAAGUGGCACUGUUUUAUCCCCAAAGAAUUGACUGCAUCUUUUAGAGCUCAAAGCACAUGACUGCACAGACGCUCACAGGGUUUCCCAUGAGUAACACACCACCCGCUUCCCCUGGGAAGGGGCUGGGGACAGAGACGCUCAGAUUUGUGGUUGUCAUGUCUCUCUCCUCUUGGUGCCCUACACUCUUUUUAAAAUGCUGCUGUCUUUUCCCCUUUUUCCAGCACUAAUGAUUCUUAUGGUUUCUCCCUCUAUUACUAAUGUCUUAAUUCACUUUCCUUCCUAAAUUCAUUAUUUGCAUAUCAAAUUCUGUAAAUGUUUUGUAAACAUAUUACCUCACUCUUGGUAAUACAAUACUGAUAGUCUUUAAAAGAUUUUUUUAUUGUUAUCAAUAAUAAAUGUGAACUGUUUAAAGAAAA